AUGGCUCCUUGGCCUGAGUUGGAAAACUCUCAAACCAAUAACUAUACUGAAGACUCCUCCAAGCAAGACAAGGCGAUGUCUGAAAAAGGUGGAGAAAAUCACAAAGACCAUGUGGGUUCACUUCGAAGUAAAGGUGGACUUCAGCCUGCACAUUCCAACAUUGCCUUGAUAGAUGAGCCAGGGCAAGAAGACGACCCUUGGAGUAUGCCAGUGCUUCAGGACACUGGGGUCAAAUGGUCAGACAUGGAUAACAAAGGAAAAAUCAUCAGUGUGCUCAAAGGGAUAGCAAAAUUUAUUGCCUUGCUUGGACUACUCUACUUCUUUGUGUGUUCCUUGGAUAUACUGAGCUCUGCCUUCCAGUUGGUAGGAGGUAAAGCAGCAGGGGACAUUUUUCGAGAUGGUUCUGUGCUGUCAAAUCCUGUUGCUGGUUUGGUGAUUGGAGUUUUGGUGACAGUCAUGGUGCAGAGCUCUAGCACUUCCUCAUCCAUUAUAGUCAGCAUGGUGUCUUCUACAUUGCUGAGUGUAAAGGCUGCUAUUCCUAUCAUAAUGGGGGCAAAUAUUGGUACCUCAGUCACAAACACAAUUGUGGCGCUCAUGCAAGCUGGAGACAGGAAUGAAUUUAGAAGGGCCUUUGCUGGAGCUACAGUCCAUGAUUUCUUUAACUGGCUCUCAGUGUUUGUGUUGUUGCCCCUUGAAGUAGCGUCUGGUUAUCUUUAUCGUCUUACUAAUGUUAUAGUUGAUUCCUUUAAUCUCGAGAGUGGCGAAGAUGCCCCUGAGCUGCUAAAAGUCAUCACAGAUCCUUUUACAAAGCUUAUCAUCCAGCUUGAUAAGUCAGUAAUAAAUGCAAUUGCUACAAAUGAGGAAGGAGCAAAAAACAAAUCCCUGGUAAAGACUUGGUGCAAAACUAAAACAAAUGUGACAAUGCAGAAUGUCACCAUUCCGGCCUCAGAAAACUGCACAUCUCCUGACCUUUGCUGGACUGAUGGAAACUUGACAUGGACCAUCAAAAAUGUGUCUCUCACAGAAAAUAUUCAAAAAUGCCAGCAUCUCUUUGUAGGAACAAAUCUUGCUGAUCUUGCUGUCGGUCUCAUCCUGCUUGCAGGGUCUUUGAUAAUUUUGUGCACCUGUUUGGUGCUGAUAGUUAAGUUACUGAAUUCUGUGCUUAAAGGACAAGUGGCCUCCGUUAUCAAGAAGACGCUCAAUACCGAUUUCCCAUAUCCUUUUUCUUGGGUAACCGGAUAUUUGGCGAUGCUUGUUGGAGCUGGUAUGACGUUCAUUGUUCAAAGCAGUUCUGUUUUCACAUCUGCUAUUACGCCACUCGUUGGUAUUGGUGUUAUAAGCAUUGAGCGUGCUUACCCACUUACGUUAGGGUCUAACAUUGGUACGACCACGACUGCUAUACUUGCCGCUUUAGCAAGUCCAGGCAGUACAUUAAGAUAUUCAUUACAGAUUGCUUUGUGUCACUUUUUUUUCAAUAUUUCCGGGAUUCUUCUGUGGUACCCAAUACCUUUCACCCGGGUACCAAUCCGCCUCGCAAAGAGCUUGGGGAACAUAACAGCCAAGUACAGAUGGUUUGCUAUUUUUUAUCUGAUCCUCUGCUUCUUCCUGAUCCCGUUGGCUGUGUUUGGUUUGUCGGUAGCUGGCUGGCAGGUCCUUCUGGGCGUUUGUGGUCCCAUCCUACUUGCUUUGAUUACAGUGGUUGUGAUUAAUGUUCUGCAGUCCAAACGGCCAAAUAUACUGCCUACAAAGCUCCAAAACUGGGAUUUCCUUCCCAGGUGGAUGCACUCCUUGAAGCCGUGGGAUAAUGUGAUAACUUCUGCACUCUCCUUCUGUGGGAGAUACUGCUUCUGCAACAAGUGCUGCAAAUGCUGCAAAGGCAACACAGAAGAUGAGCUGGCCAAAGACAAGCAGGAAAAGACUAUGGCAGUUUAUGAUAACACGGUUGAAUUGGCUGAUGAAGAAAAUUGUGUUACAAAGACACAACCAGCGGCUGGUGGUGAGAAAACCUACUCAGACAACACAGCCUUCUAG